AAGUUUUUGAGAUUACUCCAAAAGAAAGUAGACGGAAAAAAUAUAAUAAACAAAACCCAGAGCAAUGAAGAAAAUGCUGUUGGUAGUGGUGGGAAAAUGGGAAUGGGGGUGAGAAACUACUAACUAGAGAGAGAAACAAACAUGCAUUGAGAGAAGGAGAGAGAAAGCAAGGAGCUGGUCGUUUCAUUUCCCUGUACCCAUUAGAGAUUGAGAAACAGAGACUGAGAAAGUGAGCUUCUUUGCUGUAAUUUUACAGAGCAAAAGAACUGAAAAGAGAAAGGAAAGGAAAGCAAAGAAAAGAUAUUUCUCCGUUCUGUGGUAAAGAUGGAGAUUAAGUUGAGAAGAAGAAGCAGAGCUCAGUAAAGAAAGGUUCACCAAUUGCAACCUCCUUCGUUCUUCUUGGGUUAGUUUCUUUUUCAUGGCGAUUGUUUUGUUGGCUUGUGUGAUUCUUUAUUGGCCUGCAGACAAGUCAGUAGCCCUUGCAGGAUUUUUUUUUAAAGUUUAUAUUCCAGUGUUUGAUAUCUCUAGCGUCUUUUGGGUGGAGUUUUCAAUGGUGGAUUCUUUCUUUUUUAUUAAUAGUUGUUGCUGUUUGUGAGCCAUCGCCAACCAAUUUCUCAUUAUUCCCGGCAAGCUUUUGAUAUCUGGGUUUUGCAUGCAAGGUAUUUGAUGAAAUGGGUCAGUGGAAGGUUUUAGUGGGAUGGCGAUGAAACCAAGAGUUAGCUUUUACUAAUCGUCUUCUUUCUAAUUGAGUUUCUCGUUUUAUUGCUAAUUCAAUCUUCUUGAUUUCUACUUCCGAAUCUCUGAUUGCUUAGUAGUGGUCUGUUAGUGUUCUAAUUUGAAUUUCGGCUUCCUGGAUACAGUGAUUCAAGCAAAAAGGAUUCUGACCUCCUAGAUAACCUCCAUAGUUCCGCUGAGUUGGAGUUUUCGAACAUGGGAGUUCAGCAACAUCAUUUCUAUGGCACCAAGCCACUGAAAUUUCAAUUUCAAGACCAGGAUUCGUGCUCGAGUCAAUCGACUGGUCAAUCAUACCCUGAAGUCGGAAACAUGGGAGAAGCAACUGAUGAAGCUUGUGGAAAGCCAGUGGGUGGUGGUCAGACUGGUAAACUAUACUCACAAGUAGGACCUCAGGAGUUCAUCUUCCCUGCUUAUCAAGUUGACUAUGGCCAAUCUGUUGCACGUAUUCCACUCGCCUAUGCUGAACCAUAUUAUGGGGGUAUCCUAGCUGCUUAUUCACCAACGGUCCACAUUUACUGUCAGAAGUAUCAUUGGUUUAAUGCCUCCGUCGGGAUUCAUUUGGACAAUUGUUUGCGGCCGAUGUUGCCAGUGCUAAGUUGGGCUGCCUGUCUGAAGCCAGAUCAUGAAGUUCAAGGGUUCAUUUCAGGGAAAAGCAGAGUUCAGGUCCAUCCCUCACAAGUAUUUGGAACGGCUGCAACUCGAGUGCCCCUUCCUCUUGAUCUGACUGAAGAUGAACCCAUCUUUGUCAAUGCCAAACAGUACAACGCGAUCCUCAGGAGGAGGCGCUACCGCGCGAAGCUCGAAGCUCAGAACCGGCUGGCCAAAAAUCGUAAGGUAAAUGCAAACGCUGUGAUUCCGUAUCUUCAUGAGUCAAGGCAUCUUCAUGCAAUGAGGAGGGCUAGGGGUACCGGUGGACGUUUCCUCAACACAAAAACACCAGAUGAAGAUUCUUCGAGGCACGAGCUCACAGGAUACGGCCAGCCUAGAUCAUCCGGUAACUACCCGGAGUCCUCUGAAGUUCAUCGGGGGGAGAAUCGUCGAGAUGGUUGUGCUUCGACCACCUCUUGCUCCGACAUCACCUCCAACAAUGACGACGAUGGGGCAUUCCACCAGCAAGAGUUCAGGUUCUCCGGAUACCUGGCAUCAUCGUCUCACGUCGGUGGGACCAUUCAAGGGCGCUGCGUCCACUAAGAGAGAGGGGGAAAGAAGAGAGGGCCUCUAUGCAGCUCAUCUCAUCACCUCUCUCCCUCACGGGGCUCAUUGCCCUCUGGGAAGUCAUCCUUGGCUCAGUUCGUUUCUGUGUAAUUCGAGUUCGUUUUGCUUGCUUGUCAAGAAGUUAUUGAUGCUUGAUUGCCUUCUUUCUCAGAACUUAUUAAUCAGUCGUGCUUUGUAUUUUGCAUUUGUGCCAAAAAAAACUCUUGUCUGGACUAUGGAGGCUCGAGUAAUUGAUUGUGAAUGGUAACUCUGUUCUGGAGGUUCUGCUUGUGAUAUCGCUUUCCCUCCCGGAAGCCGUGCUUGCCGGAAUAUGUGGCCGCCGGUCAUCCUGCCGGGCUGGUUCUUUCCACUUCUCAUUUCUCAAUCUCUUUUGCUGGAUUAUUUAUGUUGUUUUUUUA